AUGCUCAAUAUUCACCGCAUGGCCAGCACCAGCUUCUGCUCUUGGGGUGAUGAUUUCAUAGAGCCCGAGUCCGAAUCGAUACCACCCACGAAUCUGACCCCUGAACAAAGUUUUGAAAGUAUAUGGGUCAACACCGAUGAAGAGAGUACGAAAGCGCCUGUAUCUAAACCCUCCAGUCCAAUCUCUGUAUAUUCUGAUCUGCGGUGUAACACACCGACAACAGACCCAGAUUUAAACGGUCCUAUAUUUUCCACCGAAUCGCAUUUUUUGGACACCGUAACCUUCUCGCCACAUGCUACGCAUCUUCUCCCUUCAGAGCCGAACGGUACGUGGCGAAAUCGAACCUCCCACGCGAUCAAGAACCCGAGCGAGGCUGCUACAACACUCCGUGAGGUUCUAGAGCAAUAUACCCAUGAGUUCGACGUGGCCAUCCUGCUCCAAAAGCUAGAGCAGGCCGCAGAAGACAGCAAAGACGAUAUGAACGACUGGCUGAAUCAGACCUUCGCAGAUCACGAUUUGGUAGAAAUGCAUCACCAGGUCCGGCAACUGGUGCCUGUCCUCUCUAUGCCGAGCAUGCGGCAACUUGACAGCGCCUUAGACGCAGUGACGGAGAUCGCACAGUCGUUGCGAAAGCAUCGCUCACAACCAGACCUUCUCAACGACGCCCAAGGUGACAAGUAUGCUUUUGCAAGGAUCAUCAGCCAGAAGGCACGUCACGCAUUGGUUGAGCAGGGCAUUUGCAAGAACUGGCAGUUUAUGGGCGAAGAACUUGCAGACUUGAACAGCGCAAUGCCAUCAGCUCUCAUGCACACGUUCGUACGUAUACAACGAUUGUAUGAAAACUUGCCAUUGUUCCAGGCAAAGCCCCUCUGGCUUGCUAACCAUCCUAAGAAAAUUUGGCGGUUAGAGCUCGAUGUUGGCAUUGUGGGUGUUGAGGUCGGUCCUGAGUCAGACCGUUCGUUGGUCGAGCUUGGUUCUGUAGACACUGGUUUCGAGCUGCCAGAGUCUAGCGGAUGCAUCUCCAUUGUAGAUCUUGACAGACAAGUACAGACUGUAGAGGAUGAGUGGCAGUUACUCGAAUCGUAA